CCGCCCAUCAGUGACUACUGUGGCCAUCUAUUGAUCGAAUGAUUAAUAUUUCUCAUUUGUACAUAAUCAAUUCUUUCAUGAAACCACCAAUAAAGCCACAUAACCGCCCAGCUCUAAUGAAAAUCUUCCAGCGUCAUACCGUAAUCGGCUUAUCCUGGGUUAGAUGGAUUUUCGUGGCAUCAAUGGCAACCCUAAAAUCAUGGACUGGCCAAAUCUCUAAAGCUAGCUCAGUCAGGCUGAGUUUGAUGGGUUGGCUGUUCUGUUGUUAUGAAUAGCUCGGGCCUUCUCUGUAUCAUGUCAAGGUGAUUGAUUCCCCACGACGGAUUGGCAGGCAUCGCUCCCAGCAUGUCGGAGGGCUUGGAAUCCGAGCCAUUGUACAUGGACGGAGAUUACCUGAACGAGUAUUAUGACAACGAUUAUCCGGAACCGCUUUGGGAGACCGUCGAGGACUCGGAUCCAACGGACGACCCCGCGUUCUCGGACCAUGAUCAGCCUUGGAAGAUGAACCACAGCCUGGAAGAGAUCCUGGAAUACUGCGUCCAACCCACCGUGCGCGAUGCCGGCCUUCACAUUGGCAAGGUCGUCCUGUGGGCCGGCCUUUUCCGUUUGGCCACGCAACUUUCUCCGUCUAUUCGACCGUGGAUGCGGCACACCAUGGCCGUCAUCACGGGUUUGAUUGCCGCCGCUCACUUCUUCUAUACCAAUGUGGCCUAUUUAGUGUGCUUGGCCUGUCUGUCGUAUCUGGUGCUGGUUGUGUCCCAUGGGAUUUGGGGCCACUGGCGGGGGCCGCUCAUGACGGUGACGUGCCUCGGGUUCAAUCUGGUGGCCGAAUUUUGGCUGGCCACACCCGUGGAUUGGCAUCAAAUUCGGGGCGCCCAAAUGAUCCUGACCAUGAAGAUGAUUUCCUUGGGAUUUGAUUUUGACCGAGAAAACCAACGCCUUCUAAAGGCUGACCGGGAAAUCGACGCGGCUCAGGCGGCCGUGAGUGCGACGGCAGACUCCGUGGCCCCCGGGCUCCGAAUGCGCGAUCGAAGGGCCAAACGUGUGCCAAGUCCGACUAAUUCGACGGAAGCGAGUCAAAACAAUUCGGACCAAUUCCAAGUGGACUAUCGACGUCGACCCACUUUCUUCGAGCAUAUGGGUUACGCCAUAAAUCCCGGGACCACCGUGUUUGGGCCUUGGAUCACUUACCAUGACUACAUGGCCUCCUUUCAUCGACCCAAAUGGAAUCUAACUUGGUUGGUCAAGAUCGUGUUGUGUAUCGUGUAUGGAUUCAUGUUCUUGACUAUUUCCACGUGUUGGAAUCCUUGGAUGAUCCCGGAUGGCGUUUGGCGAUGGUGGACGGCCUAUCGUGACGCUAUGUCCUUUCGGGCCAGCCAUUACUUCGUUUCAUACAUAUCCGAGGCCACGGCCGUCGCUGCCGGAUUUGGCUUGGGUGAGGCCGGUGAUUGGAACCUCCAGGUGGUCCACCCUCAUAACAUAGAAGUGCCCAGGUCUCUGACGGAAGUCGUCAAGUCUUGGAACAUUCCCAUGCAUGUCUGGCUCAAAACCUAUUGCUUCAAAGUAACUCGCCGUUUCGGGACUUUGGUAGCCGUUCUCACCACUUACCUGGCCAGCACUAUGCUCCACGGGCUCAACUUUCAAUUAGGGGCGGUACUGCUCUCAUUAGGGAUCUACACAUUUGCCGAAUUCAAAUUGCGAGCUCGCUUGGCUGAGAUUUUGCAAGCGUCUGUGCACGCCUCAAGAGUAUGGGGACAGAAGUUCAAAUACCCGGAAGGGUCCAUGGUGUCUAUUAGUAUUAACUUCAUAUUCGGCAUGCUGGCGUGCUUCAACUUGGCUUACUUGGGCGUCAUGUUCAACCAAGAUGCAUCUAUGAGCGAGGGCUAUUCGUGGCAACACACCUUGGAGAAAUGGGCGGAGCUGGACUUUGUCUCAACGUAUUUGAUGAGCUUCCUCAUGCUUUUAGCACUUGUCAUCUAAAGAUCUGUUUGGAUUUGCGUGUCAUCGUUUUGUGAUACCUCAACGUCAUUCCAAUUUUGGCUUGCAUGCCGCCCUAUGUGCCAAAAUAAAUUCGAAUCACCGACUAUGUGACCCUUACAACAUCUUCACAACUAAACCAUGUAAGCAUCUUUUUU